AACUUGGAAUAUUACGUUGAUAUGUAAAUAACAGGGGCCAGUUGACCUCGUGAAUCGCAAGACAAACAACAUCUCUAAUAAUUGUAUUCUUAUCAUUUUAUCGUGGUUGUUAACAGUUGUUACACCGAGUUUUUGUGUACUUACAAAUUCUCUAAAAUCGAGCAGUAUUUGUAAAUGUGUUCUACUAUUUUGACAAUCAGCUGAUUUGAUGACAUUCGGCGUCAAAAAAAUUCUUUCAUUUCAUUUAAGUUCAAAACUAAUUUAUCUAAAUUAGUAUACUGUAUAGUUGAAAUUAAAUAUUGUUUACUUUUAUAGAUAUCUUUGUUUAAAUAUUAUGCGGCAGUGGCGUAGUGUCUUUUCUCUACAGUUUAUUUAAAUAUCUUUUAAAAAUAAGAAUUUUAAUAGUAUUUGUAUUAUAUAUCUUUGUUACAUUAAAUACUGUACCUAAUUGAGGAAAAACUUAAAGGAAUAAGUACAGAUAUAAAUCAUAAUUAUGUCUACUUUUAUUGUUAAGUUAAAUAGUUAUUCACAAAUCAAAUUAUGCUAUAGUUUUUCUAAGAUAUUAUUAUGUGCUAAUUAUAGCACAUUAAAAAGUACCAAUAAAAUCUUUAAUAAUGCUAAAGAAGCAAUUGCUGAUAUUAAAGAUGGAUCAAAGCUUUUGGUUGGUGGUUUUGGAUUAUGUGGUAUUCCAGAGAAUUUAAUAAAAGCUCUGAAUGCAAGUAAUGUGUCUAGUCUUACGGUAGUUUCCAAUAAUGCUGGUGUUGAUAAUUUUGGCCUGGGUAUUUUACUUAAGAGUAAACAGAUUAAAAGAAUGAUUGCCUCUUAUGUUGGAGAAAAUGCUGAAUUUGAGAGACAAUUCUUAAAUGGGGAAUUAGAGGUAGAAUUAACUCCACAAGGAACAUUGGCAGAACGACUCAGAGCAGGUGGUGCUGGAAUACCAGCAUUUUUUACACCUACAGGUUUUGGUACAUUAAUUCAUGAAGGUGGAUCACCUAUUAAGUACACUAAAGAGGGAAAAGUAAGUGUUAAAUAGUUUCAUAAAUUAUCACAGGGUCAAAAUUUUCAACAAUUUGGGGGUAAAGAUUAUAUAUUAGAAGAAGCCAUUACAGGUGAUUUUGCUCUUGUAAAGGCUUGGAAAGCAGAUAAAUAUGGAAAUUUAAUAUUUAGAAAAAGUGCAAGAAACUUCAAUCCAGCAAUGUGUAGAGCUGCACGUAUUACAAUAGCCGAAGUGGAAGAAAUAGUUGAUGAAAUUGAACCUGAUUUUGUACAUGUGCCCUCUAUAUAUGUACAUAGAAUAAUAAAAGGUGAAAAUUAUGAGAAAAGGAUAGAAAGAAGAACUGUAACUAAACCAGUAAUACAAAAGGAGAAGAAAUCAUCAGAUAUCCUAAGAGAAAGAAUCAUUAAAAGAGCAGCUUUGGAAUUUAAAGAUGGGAUGCAUGCUAAUCUUGGAAUAGGAAUGCCUAUGUUAGCUAGUAAUUACAUACCAAGAAAUGUAAAUGUACUGUUGCAAUCAGAAAAUGGAAUUCUUGGUCUUGGACCUUUUCCAUCAGAGGAAGAGGUGGAUGCUGAUCUUAUUAAUGCUGGAAAAGAAACUGUGACUGUACUCCCUGGUGCGUCAUUCUUUUCGUCCGAUGAUAGUUUUGCGAUGAUUCGUGGUGGGCAUAUUGAUUUGACUAUAUUGGGAGCCAUGCAGGUUUCUCAAUAUGGCGAUUUAGCUAACUGGAUGAUACCUGGUAAAAUGGUAAAAGGUAUGGGUGGUGCCAUGGACUUGGUAUCAGCACCAAGAACAAAGGUUGUAGUCACUAUGGAGCAUGCGGCUAAAAAUGGUGGCCAUAAAAUUGUACCUGAAUGUACAUUGCCGCUCACUGGGAAGAAUUGUGUUGAUAUGAUAAUAACAGAGAAGUGCGUUUUUGUAGUGGACAAGGAAAAAGGUCUUACGCUGACCGAACUGGCUGACGGUGUUACUGUAGAGGAUGUGUUGGUGAGCACUGGCUGCGAAUUUAAUGUCGCACCGAAAAUAAAGAAAAUGGGCGAUGUGACGCGUCCUGAGACGUUCAUUGAAUAAAAUAUACCACACAAUAUUAACUUGGUACUGAUGUAUUUAAAGCGCGAGUAAUACUCAUGGUGUUGCAAGUGCUUAUGAGUUGCGAAGGCCGGAAGGUGUUACCAUCAGGUAGACUGAAUGCUUGAUUGUCAAUUACCUACGUUGUUUAAAAAAUUUUCAUAAUCUCCACUACUAUAAUUAGGUAUAUUAUUAUUAUAUAGAAAUUGUAAUAAAAACAAAGAAUUACAACCAAACGCUUAUGCGAUAAGAUAAAGAUUUUUAACGAUAUUACUAGUGACGUAAAUUCAUGAGUGAAUCUUGGUUUAUAACUAUCGUAUAAUAUUUUGGAGAUUUAUUGUUUCGACUAAAGAUUGUAAAAAGGAUGAACAGGCGAUCAUAUAUAUAAAUAAAUUGAAGUGUGAAUCGUGAUAUUUGUGAAUAAGCGUUAAUAAUAAUGAUUCGUCAAAAUGCGAAUGAAGCUGAAAAAAUAGUUAAUUUUUAAAUAUAAUGCUUAUUAUUUACUUAAAUAAU